AUGCAUACCUAUUCACCUUUCGUAGCUUCAGCUGAGUGCCUCGAGCCCGAAACCAAGCGUGAUACAGUGAGUCUUGUGUAUGAGAAUCUUUCCAACUUCCGCGCCUCCAAGAUAAACAAGAGACAGAGAACUCUCCAAGCUGCUGGCAAUCCCGGUACUUCUCAUAACUUUGCCACCGAGGCCGACGAAGCAACACCUCGAAAACGCAAGAGACCCAAGUGUUCGACAGCUGACGCCAAACAAAGCCGUCCCUCCAACAAUUUUAACUCCGACCAGCGAUUAAACUCAGUCCUUGAAGAUGCCGCGGGCCUGGAAGUACCUUCGGAAGAGAGAAAACUGGUAUCGAAGCUUGAUGAGAAAGAGCUGGUUCCAUAUAUUCAUUUUCUCAAAAAGGAAGACACGGACCAUGGGACAACGAACCAGCGACGACUCCUAGCCGAUGAGAUCGAGUGCUUCCGUACCCAAGAGGCAGGCUUUACCAGAGAAGACACGCAUGGAAUUGCACAACCUGCGGGGAAUCCGGACUACGGCCUUGGACUAAUCCUGCACUGUCAGUAUAGAGAUGGUGGAGUUACCGAGUUCUGA